GUAAACAUGGUUUACGUCCGGGCAGCAUUAUGCCACGCUUCGGCAAACUCCGCUGCUGUUUCUUCAAGAGGAGAGUAGUAGCCUAGCCUAUGAAGAGCAGAAGAAACGUGAGGGAUAAAUAAUACGGAGAGAGAGGAACAGACGGAGCGGCACAAAGGAGAGAGAAUAGUGUUGUGCGGGAGGGCGAGAUAGAAGGAGAUGAGACGAGAUGCAGGCAGUGGCCUAGAUGUGCGAAUCGCCAAGAGUUGCUCUUUCUGGUUCACUGGAUGGAGGCUGCUCUCGCGCAGGGAGGACAAUAGAAAUAUGGGGAUGUUUUACGUGGUUUGUUGAAGGCUAAACAGUGAAACGUUACUUUUUCCAGUACGUGUUUUCGUUCAUUCGUGUUCUGUGUUUUUAUGUGGCCUACUUUAUGUGUGUUUUGGGGAGAAAUGGGUCAAUAAUUUCGAAGCGCGCAAGCAGUAGCGCACAGCCCCACACACUGCCGCGCGUUAUGGCUCCCUCUGUCAAACAUGGUGUAUGAAAAUGCACUGAACCUUUCACAUUUACACACUGCGAAUAUAUAGUUCACGCCGCUUCCUUCGUCCCCCCUGUGUGAUGACGAUGGAAGUGGAAGCUGACAGCGGCAGACGUAUAUCAAGGAGCGCUCAUGAGAAAUGCCCGCGGGCGGUGGAGCGCAACGGCUAUGUGAAAACAUGUGUCACCCCUCUGUAUCAGGACGCGGGCUGCCAGUCGUGGCUGAGACUUGCAGAUAUAUGGAGUUCCCUAAGACUGUCGUCCGCGGUGUGUGUGGGCUCUGUCUCGGUUAUUCUUGCUUUGCUGGUCAGAUUGGUGGACUGGGACGUGGAGCAGCAGAGUUGCAGCAGUAACAGCAAGAAUAACGGCGAGUCUGGAUCUCUAGUUUAUUUCGUGGCGACCUGUGUGGUGGAACUGUUGUUGAACGUUUGGUACCUGGUGUCCCCCGUCUUCACUCUCGUAUGUGCCUUCUUCUGGGUUGGCUUGUACCUGAUCCGCUGCGGGGUGCUGAUCCGGACCGCCGUGUUUCUGUUGGCAGUGUGUCACUUCGGGGAAGCCGCGGCGCAGUCUCUCCUGUACGGUGCGGAGGACCAGUUGUUGUCGUUCACCGCCACCGUGGUGGUUCUAUCCUGUCUAGCCGUCGGAGCGCUGAUGGUGGUCAGACUCGGACAGGGGGUUUCCGUCAUCGUCUUCAUCAGUAUCAUCAGAACUGUGUCUCUCAUCUCCCUCAACAAGAUCCGGGCCAGCUGGAGACCCUACCUGGCGUACCUGGUAGGAGUGCUGGGGGUCCUGCUAGCGAGGUAUGCUGACCGGCUCCUGACGGGCUCAGUGCCACUCGGGGCGGGUUGUAGCUACGUGACAGCGGGGAAGGAAGAGAAUAUCAUUCCCGUGUUUAAAAGGCGACGAAGGUCCAGUUCAGUGGUCUCUUCAGACAUGGCGCACAGUCACAGCAACAGCAAGUCCCACCGAAGGACCUCACUCCCAUGCCUUCCACGGGAACAGUCGUCGGGUACCUGUGUGGUGGUGGACAUAGCGGUGAUGGGGGAAGCCCAUGGAUUGAUCUCAGACCUGCUGGCAGACCCCUCUCUGCCCCCCAACACCUGCAGUUCCCUGCGGGCUGUCAGUAACCUGCUCAGUACCCAGAUCAGUUUGCAGCCGCUGCACCGGCCUCGAAUCAACCCUCUGCAGGCACUCAGCGACACACACACCUGCUCCGACUCCGAGGACUGGCCAGAGAGAGAGAAACUGGCCAUCCCAAAGCGUCUGCGACGGAGCCUGCCUCCAGGCCUGCUGAGAAGGAUCUCCUCUACAUGGACCACCACCACCUCAGCUACAGGUCUUCCCACCAUAGAACCAGGACCUGUACGUAGAGACCGCUCUGCCAGCAUCAAACCCCUCCAAGACAGUCCACAAUGCAGCAUGGUGAACAGUGAGUCGUGGAACAGCUCUGUAAUGCUCACCAUCUCGAAGAGUCGCUCCAUGUCUGCCUCCUACUCUGCUUCAGCCACCUCCAACCACCUCUACAACAGACGAAUGACCAGACCAGGUUACCCCCCCUCCAAUAUAUCACCUCUGGCCUCUCCCUGCCACUCCCCUCCAGUCCAGGGGACCCCUGUCUCCAGCCCCACCACCAAGUCCUGCUCUGUGGACCUACCGGACCCUGUGGACAGCCAGGGAGAGAGGCUUGUGGACCCCCAGGCUCCACACAGAGCCUUAACACACAGCAUCAGUGCACCUAGCUCCACCACACCACACUGGGGGCCACCAUCGCUCUGCAGCAGCUGUGGUAGACCGUACAGCAGGCUGAGCCAUGGGGAGGGAUCUAUGGACAAAGGGGACAGAAUACCCCACCCUGAUGACCCGGCAGUAGCGUCGUCAGACUGUGAGAGCACCUACGAGACCAACCACAGUGACAGCAGUGACUUUGCACAGAACGAGGAGGACGGGGAGGGGGCCAUGAAGCCCUCAGACACCCAGGACGGGUGCAGGUCGUACCAGCCUGAGGGCAUCGUCCUGCAACCCCUAAUGCCACCUCCAGAGGACACACAGCCUAUCCUGGCCCCAGAGCCUCUGGUGAUGUCAGAGCUGGAUCCUCUGAUGACUCAACUCAACAGCUGGAACUUCCCCAUCUUCAACCUGGUGGAGAAAACACACGGCCGCUCAGGAUGCAUCCUCAGCCAGGUUUCCUACCGCCUGUUUGAGGACACGGGACUGUUUGAGACGUUCAAGAUUCCUGUCAAGGAGUUCAUGAACUAUUUCCAUGCUCUGGAGAACGGAUACAGGGAUAUCCCAUACCACAACAGGAUCCAUGCCACUGAUGUGCUCCAUGCCGUGUGGUACCUCACCACCCAGGCCGUGCCAGGCCUGCCCAACCUCCUCACAGACCACAGCUCCGACUCUGACUCUGACAGUGGGCUCCUCACCCCCAGCCAUAUAGGCCAUACAGGGUUCCUGGUUUCUAAGAUGUCUGCGGUGAUGGAGGAGGGUUAUGGAUGUCUGUCUGGCCUCAUCCCAUCACUGGAGCUCAUGGCUCUGUAUGUGGCUGCAGCCAUGCACGACUACGACCACCCUGGACGGACCAACGCCUUCCUCGUGGCGACUAGCGCUCCUCAGGUAGGAAGGGAGAGAGGGAAGGAGGGAGGAAGAAGAGAGAGAGAGGAUGGAGAGGAUGGAUGGAUGGAUCUAACUAAAGGAACUGGAAAGGCCGUGCUAUAUAACGACCGCUCGGUGUUAGAGAACCACCACGCUGCGUCGGCCUGGAACCUGUUCAUGUCCCGGCCAGAGUACAACUUCCUGGGCAACCUGGAGCAUGUGGAGUUCAAACGCUUCCGCUUCCUGGUCAUCGAGGCCAUCCUCGCCACCGACCUCAAGAAACACUUUGACUUCCUGGCAGAGUUCAACGCCAAGGUGGGUGACGAUGGCUGCUCGGGAAUCGACUGGUCCAAUGAGAACGACCGGUUGCUGGUGUGUCAGAUGUGCAUCAAACUGGCGGACAUCAACGGCCCACUGAAACACAAGGACCUGCAUCUACAGUGGACCGAGGGCAUCGUCAAUGAGUUCUAUGAACAGGGCGAUGAGGAGUCGAGUCUGGGCCUUCCCAUCAGCCCCUUCAUGGACCGCUCUGCGCCACAGCUCGCCAAGCUCCAGGAGUCCUUCAUCACACACAUUGUGGGGCCGCUCUGUUCCUCCUACGACUCCGCCGCCCUCAUGCCGGGGAACUGGGUCGACCCUGCCGACGCACGGAGGAAGGAGGGAGAGGAGGUGGGGGAACGAGAAACAGAGGAGGAAGAGGAGGAUACAGCAGAGGAGGAUGCGUCGACUAGCUCUGAGAGUUCCCAGAAGCAUGUGGUGAAGCUUAAGAAGAGCAGGAGGAGAGUGUUCUGUCCCAUCACUCAGCACCUUCUGGACAACCACGAAAUGUGGACAAGAGUCAUCGUCUCAGAAACCCGGGACACACCAGACAGAGAGGCGCCUAACUGCCUCAGCAUCCCCGCCGAGCUAAUCACAGCCAUCCACGAGGAGGAGGAUGAGCCAGCCAGCAAGGAGGAGCCAAUAGAUGGCCAGGGAGAGGAGACGGAAGGGGAAGAGACGGGGCUUGCAGAGGAAGAGGAAGUGGUCGAGCAAUCAGAGACCGCAGAGAAAAGGGAGGAGGAGUUGGAGUGAGAGGAUUAUCUUUGACCCUUGAAGAUCAGGAAACGGAACAUUUAUCCAAACUCAUACCCUCUCCCAAAUAGACUUUCUGACUCAUGUCAGAAAUUAUACUCUAUUCCCCAUGUGGUGCACUAGCUGGCCAAAAAUAGUCCACUAUACAGGGAUUGGGGUGUUGUUUGAGACACAGCCUCUGAUAUUUGGUUGCCAGCAAAUCACUUAGACACAACACUGUAGAAGUUUUGGAGUAACAUGUGCCUAAAGAAAACAAGG